AUGAGUAUUCUGAAGGAUGGCUUUCUCGUGAAUCCGCGUAACACCUCAAUUACGGGUCGGCUGUUCGGAGAUGGUAUCUAUUUGGCGGAUUCGUUUGAGAAGAGCUCACAUUACUGUCAGUCGUCCGCUAAUGGUUUAAACUAUAUGUUAUUGUGCCGAGUGGCGCUAGGUAAGUGUUACACAAAGAAUUCGUGGAACCUGCAGUGGGGUGAAGAUAUGCCAAAAGGCUACGAUUCUAUACACGUGAUUGGUCAGAAAUAUCCGCAAUCAUCCAUCACUGAGAACGGUGUGGUGAUGCCACUUGCGGACUUCGUCGACCGUUCCUCGCGAGGCUAUGGAGCGUUGGAGUUCUCCGAGUAUAUUGUCAGAAACAGUAAUCGUAUUCUACCGCAAUAUCUUAUCAUCUACCAGUGA